GAGAUUUCCAGCUAAAUGUUUGCCAUGAAGGAGGUUGGGGAGAGUCGUGCACAUGCUAUAUAUAAUGGGAGUGCUUCCAGAAUCAAUAAAAUUGAGCUUCAACUUUAUCCAGUUUCUGAGUCUGACUUUGGCAAAGGCUUGCCAUAUGCUCCUGUAGAUUGGCCAAAUGCCGGUGAUAUGUGGGGUUGGCGCGCAGGGAAAAGAGUUGCAAGUUCAGGCACCUUUAGAGAUAGAUAUUUGUAUCUUCCGAAGCAUUUUAAGGCUCCAAAAGGUGGAAAAAAUUCUUUUCGAAGUAAGAUUUCAGUUGAAAAGUAUCUCCAAUCUGAGUAUCCUGAUAUGGAUAUAAACCAAUUUUUUGCCUCAUUUAGUUGGAUGAUUCCUGUGAAGAAGUCGACAAGCUCAAAAGAUAUAAUAGAGCAAACUUGUAAGGGUGGUACAGAAUUUGCAGCAGUUUAUCAACAGAAAAUCCUUUUCCAGACAUGCUUUAUGACAUGUAUUGCAGUGAGCCUGGUUUUUGCCGAGGUUGUUGCUGUAUACUUUGCUUCAAAAAAAUCAGUUCAGACUAUGAUGGGUACAGUUAUAUUCAAUGUGAAGCAAUAGUAGAUGGAUAUAUAUGUGGACAUGUUUCCCAUCUAGACUGUGCUUUACGAUCUUACAUGGCUGGGAAAGUUGGAGGAAGCAUCAAGUUGGAUGCACAGUAUUUAUGUCGAUACUGUGAUUCAAGGAUGGAUUUGGUUCCACAUGCUCUGAAACUUAUAAAGACCUGUACAUCUGUUGCUUCUCGAGCUGCCAUUGAAAAGAUUUUGAAUGUUGGCAUUUGUAUUUUGCGUGGCUCACAAAAAAGAAAUGGAAAAGAGUUGUUGCAUCAUAUUGGAUCAAUCAAGUCAAAGCUUAUGAAAGGAGUCUGCAUUCAAGAUGCAUUCAAAAAGGAAGGUUGUUUGGAUAGCACAGAUUCUAGUUAGGGUACUCCCUGCAGUGGCAAAUCAUUUCUCGCUUUUAAGAUCUUUUCGGAGUGGUGGUGAGAUCCUAAUUUUGGAUCACCAUUAGUUCCAUAUGGUAUUUUCAGUCCUUAUUUCUUAUUGGAUACUUAUGAUGUGUUUCAUACUCUAAAGUUGUAUUAGACGCUCUUUAUACUUAUGCUACCUAUUUUUGGGAUAUUUUUUGUUUUCUUUUCUAUCAUUUGUGGCCUGACCACCCUUUUGGAGUUUCGUAGAUAUGUGUGUUAUUUUUGGAUCACACACUUUUUUUGGGGGGAAGGGAUGUAGUGUGUGCCAUCAUAACCUCGACUUUUGGACCGUGAAAAAAUGCCUGUUAAUUUGACAGGAGGACAUAUUUCAAGAGACUCGAACAAUCUUAUCUGCAAUACCACCUGUCAUUAUUCCUUGAGAAGAGCUAAUCUUGUAUUGUUUAUU